AUGGAUAAUAAUUGGAGCGGUACAAUAGAGUUCCACAAGUUUCUUAAGCUACAAAACCUCACCGAUCUAAGGCUAUCUGGAAAUAAACCGGAAGUGCUCAUGGGAUCUACAUCUAUGAAUAAUGCAACUAUUGUAGUUCCAAAGUUUGAGAGGCUAGUAUUGAGAGGGUGCAACAUAAGCGAGUUUCCAGACUUCCUAAGAUCUCAAGAUUCAUUGCUUGUGUUGGAUCUUUCAGGAAACGGAUUGCAUGGCCGAGUGCCAAAAUGGAUGUGGAACAUGAGCACACAAACUCUUAAGUACCUAAUCAUUCCUCAUAACUUUCUCUCAGGGUUUGACCGACCUCCAUCUACCAUUCCUUGGGUCAACCUAGAAUUCUUAGAACUUGCGUCCAACAGUCUGGUUGGGGAAAUUCCACCAUUGUUUUGCAAUGUGAGUACUCUGUCCUCCGUUGGUCUGUCGGAUAACAAAUUGAGUGGUGUGCUUCCACAAUGCCUCGGGAAUACGAAUAAUGAUUUGCAAUAUUUAUUUCUUGGAAACAACAAUUUGAGUGGAAAAGUGUCACCACAGAUUUGCAAUCUAACAAAACUCUCUUACCUCGAUUUGUCAAGCAACAAGUUGAGUGGUAUGUUACCGCAGUGUCUGGGACCUGGUCUGGAAUAUCUCAAUCUUGCAAACAACACAUUUCAUGGCAUUCUUCCUAAAAGAUUCACCACCGCAAGUUGCGAUCUGAGCAUGAUUGAUGUUAGUCAUAACAAAUUACAGGGGCAGUUACCAAGGUCACUAGUAAAUUGUGCAUCACUCGAGUUUCUUGUUCUGUCCAACAAUCAAUUUGAUGAUGUUUUCCCCUUAUGGCUGGGACCUCUGCAGAAGUUGAAAAUUUUGGCAAUGCGCCAUAACGGGUUUUAUGGUGUGAUAGGGCAGCCUAAGAAGAAUCGUCAUUUUCCCGAGUUGCGCAUUCUUGAUCUGUCUUACAACAAUUUCAGAGGUAAGUUUCCAGCUGAAUACAUAUUCUCUGGGAAUGCAAUUAGAGGUAUCACAAGUGAGCAAGGUUCUUAUGAUAGUUAUGACCAUUAUUUACAAUGUUCCAUCUCGAUAACAAAUAAGGGUAUUGAGAUAUACUAUCCAAAGAUUCAAGAUGACCUUGUAGUCAUCCAUCUCUCUAACAACAAAUUUGAAGGGAACAUUCCUCAAUUCAUUGGGAAACUCAAAGGCCUUCGCUUGCUGAAUAUUUCCAACAACUCAUUCACCGGUUGCAUCCCAUUAUCGUUUGGUGACUUGACAGUGCUUGAAUCACUCGACCUUUCACAUAACCAACUCUCGGGGGAGAUUCCUCAGCAGCUCUCACAGCUUUCAUUCCUAGAAAAGUUCAAUGUCUCUCACAACAAUCUCACAGGUCGCAUACCGGGUGGAACUCAACUAUCUACAUUUGAUGUCACUUCAUUUGAGGGAAAUCCCAGAUUAUGUGGAGAUCCAUUGCCAAAGAAAUGUGAAAAUCCUGAGGGUAUCAACCUUCCACCUUCAACAACAAAUCCCAAGGGCUCUGGUAUUGAAGUUGAUUGGAAAUUUGCUUUGGCAGGUUUAGGGAGUGGGUUGGUGGUGGGAGUGGUUCUAGCAGAUGUUGUAAUCACAAGGUGGGAUGAGUGGUUCAUCGAGAUUGUUGAUAUGCUGAUCAGACUUGUGAAAAGGAUGAGAAGGUUCAGAAAUGAGUGA